AUGGAACGAGAUACAGCAGCGGACGCCGUCGUCGACGUCGCCAUUGCAGACACCAACUAUGUCAUCUAUCGUGAAGCUCUGGCGGCAGUCCUCAUCAACAAGCUAGCAGUGCCUGAGGCCCGGCCCAAGAGGAAGCAGCGGAGGCGCAAGGCCAAGAAAGCCGAGGCCAAGGCCGGGAUGGGGACCCUUGCCGAAGCAGAACGCGAUGCCGCAUUAGACGCCGAAGAUGACUGGGAAGUCAUUGCGUCACCAGACAAGAGCACAGCAGCAGAAACACUACCGAAGCCACAGACGCUCAUUCCUCUGCACGACAGCAGCAACAGCAAUACGGACAACUCCGCCAAUCCCGCCGACGACCUGGCCGAGUUUGUCGACUACGUCGCCCGUGAGACGUUUGACCUGCUGCCGGCCGAGCUGCGCACGCUGGCCCACCACGUCUGGACCGCCGACGCGGCCCUGCGUGACAAGUACGGCGUAGCCGAGGACGGCAGCACGUCGGCCGGUGUGCCCAUUCCGGGCGCGCUGAGCCCGUCCCGCACCACCGAGCUGCUGCCGACACUGGACCCGUCGCCCGUGGCCGACUCAUUGGACGCCUACGGCGUCGGCACGGCAGCCAACGUCCUGGCCCCGGCGCUCUCGUCGUACCUGGUGGCCGUCACCGCGGCACCACCGCCGCCGCGCUCGACACGCGACCAGGCCGCGGGGUGCGAGAUUUGCGGCCGCGACUGGAUCAACCUGAGCUACCACCACCUGAUCCCGCGCUUCGUGCACGCCAAAGUCCUCAAGAGAGGGUGGCACCGCGCCGACGAGCUGCAGAACGUGGCCUGGCUGUGUGGCGCGUGCCACCGGCAGGUGCACCGUUUUGCGGACCACGAGGACCUGGCGCGGCACUACUACACGGUCGAGCGGCUGCUGGCGGAGCCGGAGAUGCAGCGGUAUGCGGCGUGGGCGAGCCGGCUGCGGUGGAAGGCGAAGUAG